AUGGUUGCUUCUUCUAAUUCUAGUGACGACAAGGUCGGCGACUUGUUGCCCGCUUCCAGCAAUGCCAGCAACUUGGACUCUCACGAGAAGGUUUCCACCAGAGACUCUUCCGAAUUAGAAACCACUAAAAUUCUCGGAGAAACUACCAGAUCUUUUGGUGUGCGUCGUUCUGAGGUAUUGGCUGCUCAAUGUGAAACUCCAUUGAAACUUAUAAUCUUGUAUGUAUCUAUUUUCGUGUUUUGCUUAUCGUUUGGUUUGGACGCGAACGUCAGAAGGACCAUGAUUGGUUAUGCUACCGACGACUUGGGUCAGCACUCAUUGUUGGCUACCAUUAAUGUGGUCAGCAGUGUCGUAGGAGCAGCUUCCCAGCCAACUUAUGCCCGGUUGUCUGAUGUGUUCGGAAGAGUGGAGCUCAUUGCUGUGGCCAUCAUAAGUUUUAUUGUUGGAACGGUUUUGCAGAGUCAAGCUAAAACGGUUCAGCAGCUUGCGGCUGGAACGGUGUUUUACCGGAUGGGAUACUCCGGUUUGCUUGUGAUGAUCAAGAUUAUUGUUGCUGACAGUUCAUACUUAAAUUGGAGAUCAAUUGCCUCAAUAACUCCACAAGCACCGUUUAUUAUCAUCACUUGGAUCGCCGGAGACGUUUCCUCGUCGCUUUUGGCUCACCACAUCUGGAGAUACAACAUUGGUAUUUGGGCCUUCGUUGUUCCAUUGGCCGGUGUUCCCUUCUAUGCCUGUGUUCUCUACAUGAGAAUAAUGGCUGCGAAAACUGACGAGUGGAGUCGCAUCCACAAAGAAGAAAAGGAUGAUAGAGCAGCAGCUGUUGCAAAGUUGAACGAUGGAAAUUCGUCUUCUUUGGCCCUCCGUACCAAAUACAGAGCUGUCGAGUUAUUCUGGCUCAUAGACUUGGUGGGUAUUCUCUGUAUCAUUUGUAUUUGGGGUCUUAUCUUGGUUCCCUUCACUAUUGCUGGAGGAGCCAAGAAGACGUGGUCUCAGGCUAAAAUCAUUGUCCCAUUGGUGCUUGGUGUACUUCUUGUACCAGUUUUCAUCAUUUGGGAAAAGAAAUGGGCCAAACAUCCAAUCUUCCCUCUUCAGUUGUUGAAGGACCGUGGAGUGUGGUCUGCACUUUUAAUUGGUCUUCUCAUGAAUGUGAUUUGGGGGUUGCCAAAUGGCUAUAUGUACCCGGUUUUGGUUGUAGGAAUGAGAGCGUCGGUCAAGGCAGCCCAAAGAAUCACCUCGUUGAACACAUUCGUCGGUGUUUUGGUGGGACCUGCUGUUGGAUUGUUGGUGGCUCGUGUACGUAGAACCAAGGGUUUCAUCAUGACAGGAGUCAUGCUCUGGUUCGUUUCGGUGGGUAUUUUCUACCAUUUCAGAGGCAGUAAUGACGGAAUCCGCUCUGAGUACUUCCUCAACGGAGUCAUUGCUGGUGUGUGUAUUUGGGGAGCUGGUACUGGAUUCUUCUCUUACAACUUGGUGGUUUCCGUCCAGGCUUGCACCAACCACGAGUACAUGGCAGUGAUGAUUGGUGUGAUUUUUGCUUUGUACAAUAUUGGAACCGCCAUUGGAAGCUCCAUCAGUGGAGCCAUCUGGACUCAGCAGAUGUACGAUAAGAUCUACGACGAGAUGGCCGACGCUGGGCUCAACACUACUUUGGCGAAUCUUGCUUACAAUUCACCUUACAAGUUUAUUGUCAGGUACACUUGGGGAACUCCAGAAAGAACGGCUGUGGUUCAUGCAUAUGCCCUGGUGCAGCGGAAUUUGUGUAUUGCUGGUCUUGCCUUGUGUGUUCCAUUGAUCUGCUUGACCCUUUUCUUAAGAGACCACAAACUUCCAUCGCAGCAAUCUUUAGAAAAUGAUGUGGAGAGCCAGGACAAGGUGGCACUCAGCGACAGACAGCGUGGUAUUGUUGUGAACACCAGAGACGAAGACCCAAUUUUGAGAUUCUUGAAGGGGAUCUUCAAAAGAGGUUAA